AUGAGUACGGCUAUUGCAAUGGCCCCUUCACCGGUACCUCACGAUAGAUCAUCAUAUGUUGAUAUCGCUCCUUCAAAACCCUCGAAUUCUCCUCCGGCGCAAAGAAUACCUUCUACAUCGGCCACACCGAGCGUAACAAUGGCGGCACAGCGUACAGGGAGCGGAAGUCCAAAAUCAACUUCAGCAAAACCUUCACCUACUGCAUCUCGAAACGGUGCACCACCUAAGAUUAUCGUUAAGAAGGAACCAUCCUCACCUGAAAUAACUGCCACUUCGCGUCAUAGACCUCGAAAGCUUGAUCUCACCAAAAACACCUCGAGCGUCAAUCCAGGUACUGGAAGACCAUCAGCCAGUCAAUUGACAGGUAGGGGUGCGGAGAGCGGUGGAUUGGGUAUUCAGGACGUCGGAUUGGCAUGCCUCUCGCCAGGUUUCGUCACACAAGAUCCGACGAUGCGAGAACAAUUGCAGCGAAGUUUAUCUGUCCGUGAACAACAGAGACAUAUUAUCGAAUCGCGGUUACAACAAACAGCUAAGCCUGGUGAUGCGCCAAUGGAAAGUGCUAAAGAAAGAGAGUUGAGUGGAUUGCCAGCAAAAACCCCAGGUACAUCAAGAAGAAAGGCGCCGCCAGGACUAAGCAUUGUCGCACCAUCCCAUGAGCAAUUUGCCAAUGAGAGAGUAAUUCAAUCUGCUCCAAUGCACCACAGCUUUCCUGGCAGACAUCAACCACAACCUCUAACCCGCCACGUCGCAAAUCAACCGUCAAAUCUCUCCAACACAUCUCACAUCCAUCAUGUACCUGCUACCCAAACCACCAACAGACUACCACCAAUUUCAGAUGUCUUCGCAGCUGAAAAUCUAGGUGCACACCGUGAAUCGCCAAGAGGAAACGUGUACCAAAAUUCGAACUCGAAUUCUAAUUCAUCGCAUUCCAACUCCAGACCAGGUUUCCCAUCCCCAGGACAUACUUCACAGCCACCAGCGUCUGCGGGCCAUCAGCGUCCUCGCGAAUACCGUUCUGCUGAGGAAGCACAGGCUGAUCUGGCUGGUGGUCGUGCUGAACUUCUACCUAAGCUCGUACAUUACGGAGGUCAUCAACCCCCCACUCCUCCAUCACCCACAAAUGUCAACGCGAGACCUUCAGAAGCUGGUCGAAGCAGCGGUAGAAGAAGACCUAGAGCAGAGUAUGAAGAGGGAGCUAGUCCGCCACUUGGACAAGGUCCACCAACAUCAAGACGAACUGGACCAUUUGGAGAGGGACGAGAUAGUCCAAUGACUUCACAACAGAAGAAGGAAGAGUUCAUGCGCCUGUGUAAUCGGGCUUGGGAUCUUUUCCAUUCUUAG